AUGUCUACUAAAAUUGUGAGCCAGCAAGAAUGGAUCGAGGCAAGCAAAGAGCUUCUCGAAAAAGAAAAGGAGCUCAUGCGCGCCGCCGACGCGCUCAGCGCCGCCCGUCGCAAUCUGCCCGUGGUCCAAGUGGACAAGCCCUACGCAUUCACAGUCGCCGGCCGCAGCGACCCCCUCUCGCUCGGCCAGCUCUUUGACGGCAUGGACCAGCUCAUCAUCUACCACUUCAUGUUCGCACCCGACGACGCGCGAGGCUGCCGCGGCUGCUCCCACGUUGCCGAGUCCCUGCCCGACGUGCGUCGCCUGCGCGCCCGCCGCACCCAGCUGGCGUGCGUGUCGCGCGCGCCGCCGGAGAAGCUCGACGCCUUUAAACAAAAGUGCGGCUGGACAUUUCCCUGGUACUCGACCGCGGCGGACGCCAGCAACCAGUUCAACCGCGACUUCAACGUCUCCAUUGACCAGCGUGGUGCCGCCGAGGGGGCGCCGCCCGAUGCGCCGGGUAGCUUGUUCAACUUUCGGAGCAAGGCGGAGCUGGAGUCUCUCGGAAAGAAGCCGUACACGGGUGAGUACUUUGGCUUCAGCGUGUUUGUCAAGAAUGAAAGGGGCGAGAUUUUUCACACCUACUCGACGUACGGAAGAGGGGUGGAAAGGGUCAGUUCUACUUUUGCGUUGCUCGACAUCACGCCUUUGGGAAGGCAGGAUGAACCGGGAGGACCCGGGGCGUUCAAAGUCAAGUACGAGUAUGAACAGGACUCUUGA